UGAUGUGGGCGGAGGGGAGCCGGUAUCGCGGGGGGGAGUUAUUUUGCUUGCAGAUUUCCUGGGCAGCUGCUCAUAGGAAACCAUGUACAAAAACACGGACUGUCGUUGCGGCGAUGUCUCUGCAGCCCCCGCCCAAGUAGAGACAAAGACAGAAGUUCAUGUUUUCAAAGUCAAGCCUUCUGGCAGGGGAAACGUAUGAAGAGUUGACCUGCAAAUGACGGCUGUGUGUGUGUUUCUAAAGAAUCGAUCUGCAAAUGCUUCUUGUGCGAGAAGAAUACGCUGUCCCCGGAUGGCAGAUUAGGAGAGGACGGAGGUUGCGGCGGAGAGAGAUCAUAGAUGAUGUCCAGACGGCAACUCGGGGGCGAAUGGGGAAUGGUGGUGUGAGAGAGUGACUUAGGACCACUCUGCAGUGUAGCCCCUUGUUAAUGUCAUCACGCUGCAGGUCGGGCGGGGAGAAAGGACUGAGGCAGAGUGAUUUACCCUGGACUACAUGGCAGGGUUGGCGUAAGCCACUGUGCCUCAGCCCUGCCCCUCUCCCUGAACCGCAGCAUGGAGAUAUUAACGAGGAACUACACUGCAGGAUGAUGAUCUCGGCUACCUCCAUAUAUCGGAAGGUAGCGCUGGACUGGAAGGGGAGCGACUCCCAACAGCACCUAAUGUAACCCAGCUAAAUCAGAUUAAGCAACUGUAACGUCAUCGCCUCCCUAGACUCCAGCACCCGCCAACCCAAAAGCUGACUUGCAUAAAGAGAAUUUAUCCUCUCGCCGCUCUAGGCGUUUCCAAAUACAACCGGAAACCGGCGGCGGCUUUGUGUGCGUAAAUCAUUCAUCGUUUCCUCUCCUUUUGGGGCUUCCUGAAGAGGUAAUGGGUCGGAGUCUGAGGAUGGUUUGAUCCGGCUCCUCCUGAAAUUGAAGAGAACUGAUAUGAACACACACAAAUUGGUUAUUAAGUGUGGGAAGUUUGCAGUCCUGGUGGAUUUCCAUAUUAUGCCACAAGACUCCAGUAAGGACACUACGUGGUUUCCUAAUAAAAAGAAAGAGGAAGUCUGUAUGCUACUAAAAGACACAGUUGAUUCAAGAGUGAAGCAGUACCUAAAAGCUCAUAAACGGCAUGACCAGUUGAAGCAAAUGGAAUAUGCUAAUCCUUUGUCUUUGAUAGCUGAUGGCUUUCACAUUGCAGCCUAUUUCGUCAAAAGAUGGGUCAAUCUGCGGUGCAUUGGGGGACAACAGCAGAGUGGGUUGCGUGUAUUUCCGGACCGAUUUGUGAUUUGUGUCACAAGACUUGAAUCCAGUCCAUCUCCUUGGGUCAGUGAAAGUGUGGCACCGGACAGCUCUACUUUCUCGUCCCUUUCAGAUGAGAAAUUACAUACAAUGUCUUGCCAAUCCUUCCUCCCCCAUAUCUGGAACGCUGCAGCAAAAAAUGUCUGCCACAAGCUCUCCUACAUCACCCUGGAUGCACAUCCACUCAUCCUAAGUGUUUUGCAAAAGAAAACCUGUCUCCUGGAACGUCUUUAUAUUUUGGCGAAUCAGUUGAAGAUGAAAAGUUCAAGGCUUCCUUGUCUCAACAGAAGAAGCAAGCCAUCCUGAAAAAGAUAGUGAAGAGGACAGAAACGAAGAACGCUGAUGAGAGCCAACCUCAGCCCAGCGAGGACACCAUGAAAGUAUAUCUUGGCUCGCUGUGCUCAGACAGAGAGUAGGAAGAACGCCUCGCUAGCUUCUUCCAAUGCUCCGUCUGAAGCAAAGCGUAGGCCAAAGGAUUGCAUAAAUACAGCUGAGAGCAGAUUGGAGCUUCCUGUUUCAGAACUGGACAACGAUGUGGAUUGGAGACAGCCGAGCUACACUAGCAGCCAGCAAAAACUUCACUCUGAGCAGCGGUUAGACAUGACUUUUGUGCAGGAGGCCUCCGUGGUGCUGUGAGUCAGCACUAGCAAAUCCAAACCAGAGUCAAAGGGUGACUGAGACAGCAUAAAUGCUGUUCUAAGCAUGCAGGAUCAGAAGCAGCAUGCCUCUGGGACAGGAUCACUUGGUACACAGAUGUGUAGCCGUGCUGGUUGUCCGGGGCCAUCUUUUGGAGAGGUCCCCACCAAAUCCCACAAUGUUUUCUAAAAGAGGCUUGGCAGAAGCCAUGUCUGAUGAAGAGUUGCUUACUUAAAGAAAACCUUUCCCCUGAGAGUUGGUUUGAUGAGAAAUACAGGCAUCGUGCCGACAAACCAAAACCAACCACAGUCACCAAAGAGUAACCCUUAAUGCCGCUUUUUCCAUAUAUGCCAAGCCUGCAGAGAGACUACAGGAGAUUCAAGAGGGGUCGAAAGCAAUCAAAAAAGGAAGCAUGGAAAAUGAAUCCCAUAAUCAAAAGUGCUAGAAAUACGUAUGGCAUUAUUAAAUGCUCCCUCUGCUGCUAAGGUCAUGUCUAAUGAACAUAUAUGCUUGAGGAAUUUGCUCAAAAGUUGGAAGUAAUGAACAUUUCUCUGAUCCAGUGGUUUUGUUAAAGAUGUUAAAUG